GGGUGCGCUGAGAUCUCUUUCGCGGAUAUAUUUUAAGAAGACGUAGUUCGAUCUACUUGUGAGUUGCAAAUGGUGGACGGCCUGUCAUCGUCGUUGCUUUAACAUCAGGUAAAAAUGUAUAAGGCAAGGACAGUAUUUAGCACAAUGGCCCCUUUGGCACCACGCAUGUGCAGGCCUGAAAGGUUUGCUUCAUGGUUGGUACGGAGUCAUCCCCUGUCAAGAACCACACAGGUGAUGCUUACUGAACCAAUCAGAAAGUACAACAGCCGUGUAGCCACAGAACCUUUCCUCAAUGGCAGCUCUAGUUCUUAUGUGGAAGAAAUGUAUAAUGCAUGGCUACAAGAUCCCCAUAGUGUACAUGUGUCUUGGGACUCAUUCUUCCGUAGUAGCACUGCUGGAGCUGCACCAGGUCUUGCAUAUCAGGCUCCUCCUUCUCUUGCCCCAAGUCAUAAUCAAGUACCAUUAGGAGCACUAUUACCACUUGGUGGUGGGUCUCAAUUGAGCCAAAUACCUGUUAAUGAAAAGAUAAUUGAUGAUCACCUGGCUGUGCAAGCUAUUAUUCGUUCUUACCAGGCUCGAGGUCACUUAGUUGCUGAUCUGGACCCACUGGGUAUCAUGCAAUCAGACCUGGUACACACACAUUAUGCAGCCCGCAAGGGGUCUCCAGAACAGGUUCUGCGGCAAUAUAUGCUUGAGGAGUCAGAUAUGGACCGUAUUUUCAAGUUGCCGUCCACCACUUUUAUCGGCGGUAAAGAAAAAUCAUUGCCGCUUCGUGAAAUCUUGAAAAGAUUAGAAAAUGCUUAUUGCGGUCAUAUCGGCGUGGAAUUCAUGUUUAUCAACUCUUUGGAACAGUGCAAUUGGAUUCGGCAGAAAAUGGAAACACCUGGCAUUAUGGAAGUUACGAACGACGAAAGAAGACUUAUUUUGGCUAGAUUAACUCGUGCAACUGGAUUUGAAGCAUUCCUUGCACGUAAAUGGUCAUCCGAGAAGAGGUUUGGUUUGGAAGGGUGUGAAAUUUUAAUUCCUGCUAUGAAGCAGGUAAUUGAUAAAUCUACCGAAUUAGGCGUCGAAUCUGUUGUUAUGGGAAUGCCUCAUCGUGGCCGUCUAAAUGUUCUUGCAAACGUUUGCCGUAAACCUUUAAGUCAAAUAUUCACACAAUUUGCCGCUCUCGAAGCAGCUGAUGAUGGUUCUGGCGAUGUUAAAUAUCAUUUAGGAACAUAUAUUGAACGUUUAAAUCGAGUAACGAACAAAAACAUUCGUCUCGCUGUUGUGGCAAAUCCAUCUCAUUUGGAAGCUGUCGAUUCUGUAGUACAAGGCAAAACCCGUGCAGAACAAUUCUAUCGCGGUGAUGGCGAAGGCAAGAAGGUCAUGUCUAUUCUUCUGCACGGUGACGCUGCAUUUUGUGGACAGGGUAUUGUUUUUGAAACAAUGCACUUGUCAGAUUUGCCGGAUUAUACAACUCACGGCACUAUUCAUAUUGUGGUGAACAAUCAAAUUGGAUUUACUACAGAUCCUCGACAUUCUCGAUCCUCGCCAUACUGUACUGAUGUUGCAAGGGUAGUGAACGCACCUAUUUUCCACGUUAAUUCUGACGAUCCUGUGGCAGUGAUGCAUGUUUGUAAAGUUGCUGCUGAGUGGAGAGCAACUUUCCAUAAAGAUGUUGUAAUUGAUAUUGUAUCGUAUAGGCGAAAUGGCCACAAUGAGAUCGAUGAACCUAUGUUUACGCAACCUUUGAUGUACCGUAAAAUCAAAAACACUCCACCAGUUUUAGACAAGUAUGCUAAAAGUCUUAUUGAUGACUGCGUUGUCACCGCUGAAGAAGUUAAGGAUGUCAAAGAUAAAUAUGAGAAAAUCUGUGAAGAAGCGUAUACCAAUGCUAGGCAAGAAACACAUAUUAAGUACAAGGACUGGUUAGAUUCUCCAUGGUCUGGUUUCUUUGAAGGAAAAGACCCUUUGAAGGUAUCUCCUACUGGUAUCAAAGAAGACACACUCAUUCAUAUUGGAAAAAAAUUCUCGUCGCCACCACCUAACGCGGCUGAGUUUGUAGUUCAUAAAGGUAUUGAACGUAUUUUGAAAUCUCGUAUGGAAAUGAUAGAAGCUCGAACAGUUGAUUGGGCUCUUGGAGAAGCUAUGGCUUUUGGUUCCUUGCUUAAAGAGGGUAUUCAUGUUAGAUUAUCGGGUCAAGAUGUAGAAAGAGGAACUUUCUCACACAGACAUCAUGUGCUCCACCAUCAAACCGUGGAUAAGGCUACUUACAGACCAUUGUGUUAUCUUUAUCCAGAUCAAGCUCCAUAUACCGUGUGCAAUAGCUCUCUGUCGGAAUUUGGUGUACUUGGAUUUGAAUUGGGUUAUUCUAUGACAAAUCCUAAUGCAUUAGUGUGCUGGGAGGCACAGUUUGGUGAUUUUAAUAAUACAGCACAGUGUAUAAUCGAUCAGUUUAUUAGCAGCGGUCAAGCUAAAUGGGUGCGCCAAUCUGGUCUUGUUAUGUUACAACCUCAUGGUCUUGAGGGAAUGGGACCUGAACAUUCAAGUGCUCGCUUGGAACGUUUUCUGCAAAUGUCUGCUGAUGACCCUGAUUAUUUCCCUCCCGAAAGUGAAGAAUUCGCUGUGCGCCAAUUGCAUGAUAUCAACUGGAUUGUAGCUAAUUGUAGUACACCAGCGAAUUAUUUCCAUAUUUUAAGGAGGCAGAUUGCAUUACCUUUCAGGAAACCUUUGAUUUUAAUGACGCCGAAGUCACUGCUUCGUCAUCCAGAAGCGAAAUCCAGUUUCGACUUGAUGUUGGAAAAUACGGAGUUCCUUAGAGUGAUACCAGAAGAAGGUGUAGCUUCUCAAAAUCCUAGCAAUGUUAAAAGAGUGCUUUUCUGUUCCGGUAAGGUUUACUACGAACUGAAGAAAGCACGUGCGGAAAAGAAAUUAGAUGAUAAAGUCGCUAUUGCCAGGGUAGAACAGAUUUCGCCGUUCCCAUACGAUUUAGUUAAAAAGGAAGCUGCUAAGUAUCCCAAUGCAGAAUUGGCAUGGGCUCAAGAGGAACACAAAAAUCAAGGUGCAUGGACGUAUGUUCAGCCUAGAUUCCACACAGCUCUUAAUGGAACUCGUACAGUAUCCAGCGGAAAUUCGUCGUACAAGGGUGAGGGUAGCGGAGGGUGGUUUAGUAAUUGGUUUUCAUCAACUAAACCAACAACUGUGUCCGAGCCGUUGCCUGUAGAAUCUGAUAAGCCCAAACAGAGAACUUUGAGGUAUGUCGGUCGACCAACGGCAGCUUCACCCGCAACAGGAAGUAAAAUGCAACAUCUCAAAGAGCUAAAACAGUUGCUCGAUGAGUCCUUUGACGUUUAAUUACCCUUCGUAGCACUAUGUAGAACACAUAUUUUAUUUAUUUUCUCGCAUUAUAUUUGUUAUACUCCUUUUGUCCUGCUCUACAUACACCCUUUCGGAGAUUAACAUAAUU